UUUCUCAGCGGCUUUUCCUUAAAACAUGAUUCCCAAUUAUUUGAAUUAUUAUUUUAAUUUAUCGAUUGUUUAUUUUUGACACUUCAAGGUUAUAAUUUUUUGUUGAAUUAAUUUACCAAUUUGUUUUGAACCAUCUAUUUUAAAUUCUAUCAAUUUUUUUACGUUGGUAAUAAUCAUUGUUACGUACUCGUUUUUAGCAGCUGUGUAAUUUAGUUUCAGAUUAACUUUUGGUUUUCCUAUUGAAAAUGGUUAUCUACUUUAAAAGUGAAAUCGUUUCUCCGCCGAUGGUCAUUUACAUGGGUGUUGACAAGUAUGAAAAUGAAGAACUGAUAAAAUGGGGUUGGCCUGAAGAUGUUUGGUUUCAUGUGGACAAAGUAUCAUCAGCUCAUGUUUACCUUAGAUUAAGGCCUGGUCAAACUUUGGAUGAUGUACCUAGUAGUGUUCUUGAUGACUGUGCUCAACUAGUUAAAGCCAAUUCAAUUGAGGGAAAUAAAAUGAACGAUGUUGACAUAGUUUACACUAUGUGGUCGAAUCUUAAAAAAACUAAAUCCAUGGACGUAGGUCAAGUUGGUUUCUUCAGUGAAAAACAAGUCCGGAAAAUGAGAGUUGAAAAACGGUGCAAUGCAAUUGUGAAUCGACUCAAUAAAACCAAAGAGACUCGUGAAGAGGAUUUACAAGCUCUAAAAGAAGAACGAGAUCGACAAGAGAGGGACAAGGAAAAGGCUAAACUGAAAAAGCUGAGAGAUCAAGAGAAAGAAGAGGCCAAAAAGCGUCAAGAGGCUGCUAAAGCUCGUUCCUAUGAGCCCAUUUUUAAGCCUGAAUUAAUGAAAACUAACAAAGAUAAUGACAGUGACGGAUCAGAUGACUUCAUGUGAAGAUGGUUCAUUCUUUUUUGUCUCUCAUAACACUAAUUGAGAAAUCGAGAUCUUAUUACGAAUUUAAAUCUUUUGAAAUUUUUA